UCCGCGCGACCGUAGCCACUGCAAUCCAGGACGAAGGGCACCGCUAGAGUGUACUAGAAGUGUGGAAAAGCAGUUCCCGCAUCACAGCGACGUCCGAUUCGGAAUAUUUGGGGGUUAAAUAAAAGCAGGCUGGUAGCGAUGGGCCAGAGCUACGGCACACUGACCACUACCAACGGUCAUCCGCUGGUGACCAUAGUGGAAUCGGAGAAGAAAGUAUUUCGGCCCAAGCAUGAUCCCUUGCUCGGGUUCCCGAACGGCCGAAAAGAACGACAGAUGGUGGCCACCGAUUUGGAGAUGGAGUCGGCAAACCUGCCACAGGAAUACAGAGGGUAUUGUGCGCACAAGUUGAUAGAGCUUCAAGCGUGCAUGAAGCGGAACUUUCCCUUCGUGACCACCUGUGGCCACGAGAAACACGAAUACAACGAAUGCACGUAUGAAGACCACAUGAUACGCUACAAAGAGUACGAACGGGAACGGAGAUUGAAGGCGAGAGAUGAACGCCGUGCUAAGAAGAAUGUCCAACUGCUGCGUCAGUGAGUUGAAACACACGUUGGCACCUGUGAGAUGUAACCCAAAGCUUGAGCGUCUGUACAACUCUUUAGGUUUCAUUGCUUAAUAAAAGAAUAUAAAGCAAAACAUUGUAGCACUGCUCUCGUCCUUUUGUUAAAUACACACCUCUUCUAACUAUGUACCCUUCGGUAGCCUUACUAGAGAAAGAAAUUUCGCUCAUGUCUGUGAACAAAUGAACCUGUUAUCAUUAUUUGUGAUACGUGCGCAGUGCAUUUGUUUUUUGGUGACCAGAGAGUGUAGAUCCAAGGGGUAUGAAGUGAAUGUUUUUUCGAAAAAUAAACCAGUUGUUAGAUUG